UCUCUCUCUCUCUCUCUCUCUCUCUCUCUCUCUCUCUCUCUCUCGUUCGUUGGGUUUAUUUUAUUUUUAUUAAAAUAUUCCAAAACUACCCUCUACAAGCAAAAGAAAGAAAAGAAAGAAAGAUUGUGUAAGAAGAGGAGAAGGGAAGGAGAAUGAAAGACACGGGGAGGAAGCAAGGAACAGCGUCACCUUGCGCAGCGUGCAAGCUACUGAGGAGACGGUGCGCCCAGGAUUGCGUGUUUGCGCCUUACUUCCCGGCUGAUGAGCCCCACAAGUUCGCUAACGUUCACAAGGUCUUUGGAGCUAGCAAUGUCAACAAGAUGCUCCAGGAGUUGCCAGUGCAUCAGCGCAGCGAUGCUGUGAGUAGCAUGGUGUAUGAAGCAAAUGCAAGGGUGCGGGAUCCGGUAUAUGGAUGUGUGGGCGCCAUCUCAUCACUACAGCAACAGAUCGAUGUCCUCCAGACCCAGUUGGCGCUUGCUCAAGCAGAGGUGGUCCACAUGCGGAUGCGUCAGUCCGCCACCCUGUCAAACCUUACUGAGAUACCAACAGAGAGUGGUUCGCCGUCCUCUAAGCUAAUGGGCCCACAUACCAGAUCCCUAUUUUCCCUGGACAUGGUUGUAGAACAGGCCCAGAUGGGAGAGUCUAUGUGGUUGUGCUAGUGCCCACCUGCAUUUUGGCUAGUAUAUAUGGGCUUCUUCUUUUUUGUUGUUAUAUACCUCCUUAUUGUUUUGAUCUUUUUGGUAGUAUUAUGCAUCUCCAUAUGAUCAGGGAUGAUGGCCCGCCCACUUAUUAAUUGACAAUAUAUUGUAAAUAGGUUUAACGUACGAACAUGAAUUUACUAUAGUUAUUAUA